CCUCUUCUUCUUCCUUGGCUUCUUCUUUUGUAUCAGCUAGCCCAAAACACCACACCAGGUACAAUGGAGAAUGUGAAUUUGCCGCCGGCUUUUAAGUCGAAGUUCACUUUUUAUAUGGCAGUCUGUUGGAUUAUUGCAGCUUUUGGAGGGCUCAUGUUUGGUUAUGAUAUUGGAAUUUCAGGAGGGGUGACAGCAAUGGACGACUUCUUGUUGAAGUUCUUCCCAGAAGUCUAUGAAAGGAAACGCCAUGCAAAAGAGAACAAUUACUGCAAAUAUGAUGACCAACUUCUCCAACUGUUUACAUCUUCCUUGUAUCUUGCUGCUCUCCUUGCUAGCUUCAUUGCAUCAAAGGUGUGCACUGUUGCCGGCCGGAAGCAGACAAUUCGAUGGGCGUCUCUGUUGUUCAUUGCAGGUGCUGCCUUGACGGCUGGAGGUGUCAACCUUAUUAUGCUGAUCUUUGGAAGAAUCCUUUUCGGCAUUGGUGUUGGUUUUGGUAAUGAGGCAGUUCCCCUAUUCUUGUCGGAAGUUGCCCCACCUCAACAUCGAGGGGCGGUGAACAUUCUGUUCCAGCUCUUUGUAACAAUUGGGAUAUUGAUAGCAAACAUAGUUAACUACUUCGCAUCAAAGAAGCACCCAUGGGGUUGGAGGUUAUCCUUGGGUAUUGCAGCUGCACCGGCUUUUGUUCUACUCUUGGGUUCCUUCUAUAUUACAGAAACUCCCACAAGCCUUAUCGAGAGGAGGAAGUAUGAGAAGGGGAAAGCAAUACUUAAGAAGAUCAGGGGUGUCGAAGAUGUUGAUGCUGAGUUUGAUCAAAUUGUGACUGCAAGUGAGAUAGCCCAUCUAGUGAAGCACCCCUUCAAGAAGCUCAUGAAGUUGUCAAGCAUGCCACCACUUAUCAUUGCCAUCUUACUGCAAGUCUUUCAACAAUUCACAGGGAUUAAUGCUAUAAUGUUCUAUGCCCCAGUCCUGUUUCAGACAGUUGGGUUCGGGAACGAUGCGGCAUUAUUAUCAUCAGUCAUUACUGGGCUUGUGAAUGUGAUUAGCACAUUGGUCUCAGUUUUGCUUGUCGAUAAAGUUGGGAGGAGGGUUUUGCUUAUUGAAGCUUGUUUUCAGAUGUUCAUCACACAGAGUAUAAUUGGGGGAAUUCUACAAGCACAUUUGAAGAGUUAUAGCGAUACACUUGGGCAUGGACAAGCAAUUCUAGUGGUAUUGCUAGUGUGUGUUUAUGUGAUGGGUUUUGCUUGGUCAUGGGGUCCUCUUGGUUGGUUGAUCCCUAGUGAAACCUUUCCAAUGGAGACAAGGACUGCAGGUUUUGCAUUUGCAGUGAGCUCAAACAUGCUUUUCACUUUUCUAAUUGCUCAAGCAUUCUUGUCAAUGCUGUGUCACAUGCGAGCUAUGAUCUUCUUCUUCUUUGCUGGAUGGAUUGUUGUCAUGGGGCUAUUUGCCUUCUUCCUGUUGCCAGAAACAAAGAAUGUGCCAAUUGAUCUCAUGGUGGAGAGGGUCUGGAAGCAACACAGAGUUUGGAAGAAAUUCAUGGUUGAUGACAAUGAAAAUGGCAUUGAAACAGGAAGAUGAAGAUAACAAGUUUAUGGUUUCCAUAGCCCUCAACUUCAGCAUCUUACUAGUUUCUCUUACUCUAAAUCCUUUUGUUUCUUGAUUAAACCAUAGUUGUUCUUAGGAGAUUGGGUUUUUUUUUUUCCUGUAGACAUUCCCUUAAUGUAGUAGCUCACAUUUUGAGUUUUAUCCACUCUGUAUCAGGCUUGCAACCCAGAAUGUCUUGGAUGGUUCAUCGA